AUGGGGAACCGUUCUAGUGCCACAGAAUUCUGCCUCCUGGGCUUCCGUGGCUCCCCAGGCCUGCACCGUCUCCUUUUCACGCUUUUCCUCCUCUUCUAUUCAUUGACAGUCAUGGGGAACUCGGUCAUCAUCGUGAUUGUGUGUGUUGACAAGCGCCUGAAGUCCCCCAUGUACUUCUUCCUCGUCCACCUCUCUGUGCUGGAGAUCCUGGUCACAACCAUUGUUGUCCCUACGAUGCUCUGGGGGCUGCUGCUCCCCGGGAUGCAGAAAAUAUCCCUGAGUGGCUGUGUGGCUCAGCUCUUCCUGUACCUCGCUGUGGGGACCACUGAGUUCGCAUUACUGGGAGCGAUGGCUGUGGACCGCUACGUGGCUGUCUGUAACCCGCUGAGGUACAACAUCAUCAUGAACAGCUGCACCUGCAACUGGGUGGUGAUUGUGUCCUGGGUGUUUGGGUUCUUUUCUGAAAUCUGGCCUGUCUACGCCACCUUCCAGUUCACCUUCUGCAAAUCCAACGUGUUAGACCAUUUUUACUGUGACAGGGGCCAGUUGCUCAAACUGUCUUGUGACAACACUCAGUUCACUGAGUUUGUCCUCUUCUUGAUGGCCAUUGUCAUCAUCAUUGGCUCUCUGAUCCCAACAGUCGUCUCCUACACCUACAUCAUCUCCACCAUCCUCAAGAUCCCCUCAGCCUCUGGCCGCAGGAAAGCCUUCUCCACCUGCGCCUCCCACUUCACCUUUGUCGUCAUUGGCUAUGGCAGCUGCUUCUUCCUCUACGUGAAGCCCAAGCAAACGCAGGCGGCUGAGUACAACAAGAUCAUGUCCUUACUGAUCUCUGUGGUGACCCCCUUCCUCAACCCUUUCAUCUUCACCCUCCGGAAUGACAGAGUCAAGGAGGCCCUUGGAGAUGGUGUGAAACGCUGCUACCAACUAACUCACAAAGACUAGCUCUUCUCAGAGCUGGUCUCAGGUGGACCGGCACCCAUUAAGGAUUAUUCCAGACCUGGAAGACCUGUGUCCCCUAUAUCCUUAUCAUCACUGCAAAACCCAAAGCAUGUGCCCAGAGUCUACACAGAUCUUAGAAGCAGAGACAGCAGGUAG